AUGACAAUAUUAAAAAACACCGAAAACCCAACUACUGUGAAGGACUGGUCGAUAGUAACUGACAAUUACACCAAGUGGCUGUUGCAGGGUCCCGUUUUGGGUGAAGACGAGGUAUCAGACUCGUCCGAUGACGAUUGGCAGGAACCGGAUAACGCAACUAUUAUCGAGUUGGAAAAUCGAGCAACAAAAGCUCAAGAGGUCUGUCGAUUACGAUCGCUCUCUGAACAGCCUAUUAAUAGCAAAGAAUUUUUUGUGGAUCACGCACAUAAUAUUGUGUGGUGUAAUAUUUUUAAAGCGGCAAGUUCUUCUUGGUUGUUCAAUUUCAACAUUUUAGGGGGCUACGAUAAGAAAUUUCUCGCCAAAACGAGACACACGCCAUUGACGUUGGCAAGAAAGAAGUUUCCAAGACCGAGUGAAGAAGAACUUCGAGAUACUAUCAACACGCCUGGAGUUGUAUCACUUUUGGUCGUACGAGAACCAUUUGUGCGAUUGUUGUCGGCAUACAGAGACAAGCUUGAAAAUAUAAUACCUCCCUACUAUAGAAAAUUGGCCAGAGCAAUUGUGGCAGAGCAUAGAGAAGCGGCAACAGAAGUUCUAGGACCAAUAAAAAGUUCUGGUCCUACAUUUUAUGAGUUCGUAGCUCACUUAAUAUCUAAAUAUGCCUCGACGACUGCGACGUUUGACGAACAUUGGGCGCCUUACUAUAAGUUUUGUACGCCUUGUGCUGUUAAUUUUAGUGUUAUUGCUAAGGUUGAAACAUUAUCGCGGGAUUCGGCCUAUGUUAUACAGCAAUUAGGUCUAGGGCCUAUAUUAGGAAAAAGGGUUAGAAACAGACGAAUGCGUCUCAGAACUGUCAUGAAUAAGUCGCGUGAUGGAAAAAACACUUCUGCAUUGUUAAAAUAUUACUUUGAGCAACUAAGUAUGCAUAUGCUUGAUAAAUUACUUGAUAUAUAUGGUAUAGAUUUUGAAAUGUUCGGAUAUGAAUCAAAUAUUUAUCGUGGUUAUGUAAGAAAA